AUGGGCGUCAAAAAAGGAAGAGUUACGCCCAAUUCGUGUGGUGGAUCUUCGAGUUCAAGCACCGCGUUUUUCCAAAGCCCCGAAAAAUUCCAAGACGUAUGCGCUUACAAGGUCAACAUCAGAAAAAACAUUUGCCAGAUAAGAAUCGAUUUUGAGAAAUUUUCACUCGGCCAACCGACCAAACUGACGACAGAAUCAGCGUACACGUGUGAACGUGACCAGUUUACAUUAAUUACGAACGGCAACACCAAAAUAAACGUGCCGGUUUUAUGCGGUGAAAAUUCUGGUCAACACGUGUAUGUACCGGUGAACCAGCAACAGUCGGAAUCAAGAAGCAAAAACAACAACAACAACAACAACAAGCAACAGGUGACUUUAAAAUUCCGGUUGACCRCCAGGGAUGAAAACUACACUGAACAGGAACCAUUAUGGAAAUUAAAAAUUACGCAAUUGGAAUGCCAAACGACAUCGACCAACUGGUGGAAGAUCAAAGACAUAGCACGCCAAGUCUGGGACUGGGAAGAUGAGGAUAGAGACGCCUCGAAAUCCAAGUACAGUCUAGCACCAGAAGGUUGUUUGCAAUACUUCACUGACAAACGUGGUUCGUUCGAAAGCUUUAACUACAACAGAGGGACGGGGCACUAUUUGGGCAAUUUAAAUUACGCGACUUGCUUCAAAAGGAACCAAGACAAUUGUGGAAUCAAAUAUGAAGCAGUGAAAUUCCAAAUGGCGUACAACCAGAAGCUGACCGGUUCUACAGACCGAGACUGCGACACUACUCAGUCGUCAACGAAACUCCAAGGUCUAACGAAACCUGAAGAUCUAUCAAAGCCCGAAAACCCAAAGACGCCCGAAGAUCUAACAAAGCCCGAAGACCCAACGAAGCCCGAAGAUCCAUCAAAGCCCAAAGAUCCUACGAAGCCCAAAGACCCAGUGAAGCCCGAAGAUCCAGCGAAACCCGAAGAUCCAGCGAAACCCAAAGAUCCAGCGAAACCCGAAGAUCCAGCGAAACCCAAAGAUCCAGCGAAACCAGAAGAUCCAGCGAAACCCAAAGAUCCAGCAAAACCCAAAGAUCCAGCGAAACCCAAAGAUCCAAUAGAGCCCAAAAUUCUAACGGAACUCGAAGAUUCAGUGAGUGGACGUAGCAAGGGAAAAUCGUCCGAACGUGGCGUGCACAACGACUACUUGCUCAUACCGGACGGCGUUUAUUCGGACUCCAAAUUUGCGUCGAAAUAUUGUGGCAAGUCGCUGGAAGACUUCGAUGACAGCACAGUCAAUACUCAAGGGCCUCUCUAUGUUGCCUUUGUAAGCGACGAUUACUCAAAUCCUAAGGAAGAUGUGGAAAAGGGGUACAAGAUCGAAUAUUCAUUAACAAACACUGGGUGUUAAAUACAUUAUACAAUCAUAAUUCUAUUCAUUUUAAACACUAACAAAAGCAUUUUAUUAUGCAAUUUUAUUUAUUAAUUUAUUAUAAAUUAUAGUAUACUUAUUUAUUU